GCCUCCACUCCUGCAACCCACGAGUCUGCACUUUUAGCAAAGCAUAAACAUCAUUUCUCAUCGCACCUCUUCCCGUUCUCAUUCUGACACGACUUUGCUUCUCCCAACCCAACCCUCAACCAUCCCCCAUUUUUGUCCCCAUCUGAUCUCCCAUCAGCCUCUGUGCUCACCUGUCACCGAAUUUCUUCGCAUCCUCGAUUUUCUGCCCUCUUCGGUCAUCAAAUCCAGCUUGACUCGAAAAGCCUGCUACUACUACUACUAUUACCACUACUAACCCUUUGAUCUCCACUGGCCCUAUUGCAAGCCGCUUUGCGGUUGUAUCCUGCUACCAUGAUGCCCAACACAUCUUGGAGCCAGGCUGCUGGCAUACCACAUGCAUAUGCAUCGUAUUCUCCUGCACCGAAUGCCGCCCCAGCCUACACCUCUGUAUCAGUUCGGCAAUCCUUCGGGCCUGUAGCUCCUGCCCAGCACUCGUACUCCCCAUCACAAGGAACCUCUUACUCGUCACAUUCAGGAGCCACGUCCACAACUACCGAGACAGCCGCUCAACCGGCUGAGCAAUCAAAAAAGAUUGACUGGCCCCUUUCCGUUCGACAAUAUGUUGCUAGAUCUUUCCUGCCUGACAAUAUGGACCAUACCGUUGACCGUACCGAGAUGGAGGCCAAGUUGAAGGAGACGAUAUCGAAUGCUCACCAAACCGGUGUUAUGUACACUACGGAUUGGGAUAAAUACCCCCUCCCCCAGGAGCUGAUCAAGCAAGAGCGCCUCGCUUCGUUAAUGUCCACGACGGUAGCUCUCCCCAACACGGCAUGGAAUGUUGCAACCCCUACCCAGAAGAAGAGGAAGUCCAGCGACAUGUCCUCAGGUGGCCUGCCUGGCGCCGUAGCACCAUGGCAGUCAGCAAAGAGCAAUCCGCUGGAGAGUCGCGUUUCGUAUCAAACAACCGACAAGCGUCCUGCCCCCGGAGCAUCAUCAAACAAGGCUGCUAUGAGUAAGUUCCAAAAGCAGCUGGAGAAGCGUCAACGCCGAUUCGAUGGAGGCUACAAGUCGACGUACCGUUCUCCCAGCCCGCCUCCUUCAGAUGGGCCUAUUGUCGGAACAUGCCAAACGCUUGAAAAGCGUUACCUCCGUCUUACCGGACCACCCGUCAUUUCUCAAGUGCGGCCUGAGCCGAUCCUUCACCAAACCCUUGACCUGCUGAAGAAGAAGUGGAGGAAGGAGUCCAACUACUCAUAUAUUUGCGAUCAGUUCAAGUCCUUGCGCCAGGACCUUACCGUGCAACAUAUCAAGAACGAGUUCACAGUUUCCGUAUACGAGAUACACGCGCGCAUUGCUUUGGAAAAAGGGGAUUUGGGUGAGUAUAAUCAGUGUCAGACUCAGCUGCGUGCUUUGUACCAGCUGGGUCUGAAAGGCAAUCCCCUCGAGUUCAAAGCCUAUCGUAUUUUGUAUUUCAUUCACACUGCCAAUCGUUCAGCCUUGAACGAUGCUAUGGCAGAUCUAACCCCAGCAGAGAAAGAGGAGAGGCCUUUGAAACAUGCCCUCAACGUGCGCUCAGCCUUGGCCUUGGGCAACUACCAUCGAUUCUUCCAGCUGUACCUGGACACGCCAAAUAUGGGUGCCUACCUGAUGGAUAUGUUUGUUGGCCGUGAGCGUCUUGCAGCUCUUUGUAACAUCUGCAGAGCGUAUAAACCUGACGUGAAUCUUCGAUUCGUCACCGAAGAACUUGGUUUCGAAUCCGACGCGGAGGCUGUGCAAUUUAUUAUUGACCAUAAUGGCCAAGAUCUCCUCGAAGAGCGGCCCGAUCACAUCGCCUUUGCUACCGGCAAGGCUGGUCAGCGUUUCGAAGCCUUGAGGGCAGAGGCUUUCCGUAGAGUCGACAUCAAAGGCCAAAUAUGAUGAGGCUGGCUAUCAUAUCUGCCUGUUAUUCUUCCGUCACUUUUUUUUCACUUCAAAGUCCAUAAUUUCAAACAACCACGCAAGCAUUGACAUGACGGUUGGUUGUCAUGCACAUUUCCACGCUGGUCGCAUAUUCAGACGUUUUAAUAAGAUCUUCACCUGAUUCCCAUGUUGAUCGGUAGAAGAAGGACGAUAUUGAAACUCUCGGUCUGUUCCUCGGCUUGGUCCGUGGUAUCGCAAGUCCAAAUAUCAAAAGAGACCGGGAUGGGAUUUUACAUGAAUAUUAAUGGAUUGUUCUCUGCGGACCAAGUCGAGGGACUGGACUCGAGGGGUUUUUUUUUUAUUCAAGCUCUUCAAGAUUGGAGUUUGGGUGCAGGACUUGGUAACAAGCAUCAGCCAGCCUGUUCUGAGCGACUUCGACGGGUUUCUUGCAAGUUCGGGGGGACAAAUUUAUGCGACUCAGGUCAGGCACCUUGCCACAGGCCCUCAGGCCUGCAUCUCGACUCAUUGUGGAGCGCCGUCAUUUGGCAGCACUACAGUUAAACUGGGUGUGAACUGGUUCGAGAUUGUGGUCUACGGCGUUUUUGUUUUAUUUCUCUUCUUCUUUUUUUCCUUCUAUAAUUUUUCGGCAACGAGAGAGCUAGUCGCCUCCUGCAUGCGUUUGCGUAUUUUUUUUGUUAGGUGUUCUCACUGGCGUUGGCGAAAAUUUUGGGGUAUAUUCUGUCUUGGUGGUACCUUUGUUACGACUAUACCAUGAACCAAUACCUGAAUACAUUACAUUCAAACUUUGA